GUGGGCUGGGCUGGUGGGAGGGGUGGGGGGUUCAUUUAGGUUUUCAGGUCUUUCCAGCUCUUGGCCAGCCAGGCAGCCUGACUAACCAGCUCCUCCAGGCCCGAGGUGUUGGGGGAGGGGCACAGCAGGAGGCAGCCAGAUCAGCCCCAGGCUGUGGAUGUGGAAGAAGGCCCUGUGGUCAGGCAGCCAUCAUGGGGCUCCCCCAGAGGCAGCCUCACCUGCAGCUGCUGCUCCUCGUGGUGACACUGGUGUGGCCUCAGCCCUGCAUGAGCCUGGAGCUGGUCCCCUACACGCCGCGGAUAACAGCCUGGGACCUGGAAGGGAAGGUCACGGCCACCACGUUCUCCUUGGAGCAGCCGCGCUGUGUCCUGGACCGGCAUGCCCGUGGUGCCGACACCCUCUGGCUGGUGGUGGCAUUCAGCAAUGCCUCCAGGGACUUCCAGAACCCGCAGACACUGGCGGAGAUCCCAGCCUCCCCACAGCUGCUGACUGAUGGCCACUAUAUGACACUGCCCCUGGCCCUGGACCAGCUGCCCUGCGAGGACCCUGUGGGUGGCAGCAGCGCCCCCGUGCUGCGGGUGGGCAAUGACCCCGGCUGCCUUGCUGACCUCCACCAGCCGCCAUACUGCAAUGCCCCCCUCCCCAGCCCUGGACCUUACAGGGUGAAGUUCCUUCUGAUGGACACCAGGGGCUCACCCCAAGCCGAGACCAUGUGGUCUGAGCCCAUUGCCCUCCACCAAGGGAAGUCCCCAGGCUCCAUCGACACGUGGCCAGGGCGGCGGAGUGGUGACAUGAUCGUCAUCACCUCGAUCCUCUCUUCUCUGGCCGGCCUCCUGCUCCUGGCCUUCCUGGCAGCCUCCACUGUGCGCUUCUCUAGCCUGUGGUGGCCUGAGGAGGCCCCUGAGCAGCUGCGGAUCGGCUCCUUCAUGGGCAAGCGCUACAUGACCCACCACAUCCCGCCCAGCGAGGCUGCCACCCUGCCCGUGGGCUGUGAGCCUGGCCUGGACCCCCUCCCCAGCCUCAGCCCCUAGGC